AUGACGGAGCCAGAUCGCUCCCGUCGCAGCGGCGGCGGCCCACAAGGCUCCUCCAAAUCCAAGCAGCAUUUCGAGGUGGCUGCCGACGAGUAUCAGGCUCCCUUCCAGCUGCCAGCCAAGAAGAACGUCGUUGUUGAAGCUGUUCAGGAGUCCCAGCACGUCGAAGAGGCCGAUCUCGCUGCUUUCGCCUCCUCGCCUUACUUUGACGACCAGGAAGCACGAGAGGCGAUAGAAUGGGCUCAGUCCCAGCGCCAGGCCGAGAUCGAUGCCAGCAAUGGUGCUGACGGAGACGGUGCCGUCCAAAUCGGUGGUCGACGACGCCGACGAGACAGUCAAGUCGGCAGCUACGACGAGGGUGGCAGCAUCUUUGAUGGACCCGGUGCCGGUGCGGUGCCCAGUUCGGUCAGCAGUAUGCGUCACGAGAUGGCCAGGCCAGAACUUGGUCGUCGCACCUCACGCAGCUCGCGUCGCCGCAUCUCGAUGGAAGGUCGCUCGCCUCGUCGCACGCGCAAGCUUUCUAGCGCUUCCGCACAGAGCGAAGCCAUCACUGUAUCGAGCGAACGCAGCGUCUCGCCAGAUUCGGUGGCUGGUCGUCGUAAGCCAGCAAGCCAGCGCAGCGGUAGCACAUAUCACUUUGGCCGCAGAAAGCGUGUCCCGGAAGACGCUGAUCUUACUGGGACCAGUCAGCCUAAGGGCAUGCUUGGCUCCAUUCUUGCUUCUAUCCGUGGUGAUCGCGGCGACGACGACAACGAUGAUGCUCGCAGCCGCCAUUCUUUCUCCCGACCUCUUCUCUCUCGAAGACGCUCCUCUGGCUCUGCGAUCUCCUCUCGAGCUGGCAGAUCCGAUGCAGGUCGUGAUGAUGAUGACGACGAGGACGAUUACGACAACAGCAGAGGUUGGAGCGAUGAUGACUACGGCUUCGACGACGAGCAAGACGAAGACGACGACUCCUAUCACUCCUCGGAUGACGACGCCUCCAACCGCAACGGUAUCCUUCCCUCCGCCUUUGGUACACUGAGUGGCGCAAUCGACCCUGUUUUUGGCGACACUCGCUACUCCACCGACCAUCCACCAGAGGAUGAGCUGGAUGCCGAGCUUGCUGGUCGCGAUCUGGAAGAAGGAGAGGCGUCCGGAUUCGGUCGCUCCGAGGGUGAUCUCAGGUCCAACUCGCACCUCCGCACCCAAGCGACAAGUGCCGCCACUGCACAGGCCAAAGAGGAGAUGAGCUUCCUCGACAAGUCAUCCAAGAGCAGACAGCAGGUCUAUCUCACAGAGGAGGACACGCUCAUCCGUUUCACCGGCUACAAGACGCUCGUCGGAAACCAAAUCAUCUACUCGAUCGUCUGCUGCCUCUCCCUCGGCAUUGUCUACCUCUUGGGACGAUGGCUGCCUCGUUUCCGACUCAAGUACGUCUGCAAGGAGGUCGAGUUCGAAAAGGCCGAGUUCAUCAUGAUCGAGAACCAGUGGGGUGAUCUUCACAAGGAAAGGACUACGACGAUUCCUUUUGCCCGUCCCCUUGCAACUGUCUUCCCGCACUCGUCCCGCGAGCCACCUUCCACCCAGGCCGAGGCGCAAUCUAUGCCGACCAUCAACUUGCCUCCCGAGCUGGUCAGCAAGAGCAAUGCGCCUUCCAAGUCCGCCUCUGCCAGGAGCAGUAUCAUCAAUGGCGGUAGUGCUGCAAAUGGUACUGGCAAUGGCACUAGCAACGGCAGCGAGGUGCCUGCAACUGGCGGCCUUCCUAUGCUUUCGGGUGUGCAAACAGAGCAGCUCAUGGACCUCACCUUUUUCGACUAUCGCUACACUCGCUACGCACUGCACCCGCCUACGGGCCGUCUUCGUAUGGUCAAGGACUGGCGUGAUCCGCUCUGGACCUCACUCGGCGCCAUCAACAACGGUAUCAGCUGGGAUGCAGAAAAGGACCGCACCACCAUCUUCGGCAAGAACGCCAUCGAGAUCCAGGCCAAAUCCACGUGGCAGCUUCUGGUCGACGAAGUCCUGCACCCCUUUUACAUGUUUCAGAUUGUCUCAAUCAUCCUGUGGUCGUUCGACAACUACUACUACUAUGCUUUUUGCAUUGCAGUCAUCUCGCUUGUCUCGAUCUUUACCACGCUCGUCGAGACGCGACAGACGGUCAACCGCAUGCGCGAGAUGAGUCGCUUCUCAUGCGACGUGCGCGUGCUGCGCGAGGGUAAUUGGCAGGUGCUCGAUUCCAACGACUUGGUGCCUGGUGAUGUCUACGAUGUGGCUGAGCCGGGUUUGCUCCUCUUCCCGGCGGACAGUGUCUUGCUCAGCGGCGAUGCCAUCGUCAACGAGAGCAUGCUCACAGGCGAGAGUGUUCCUGUCAGCAAGGUCCCGCUCACCACACCAAGCAUGGUCGGCCUCCAUACAGCAGGCACCGAAGUCACCGCCGACCUUGCCAAGCAUUUCCUCUUUUCAGGCACGCGCAUCAUUCGUAUUCGCGGAAGCGGCUCGACGGAUAAGAACGAGGUCGGUGCCAAGGCCAUGGUGGUGCGCACCGGGUUCAACACGACCAAAGGUGCUCUGGUGCGCAGCAUGCUGUUCCCCAAACCGAUGGGCUUCAAGUUCUAUCGAGACUCGUUCCGCUUCAUUGGCUUCCUCGCCAUGAUCGCCGGUAUCGGCUUUACGUUUGCCGCCGUCAAUUUUGUCAAGAUCGGCAUUGCCUGGCACAUCAUCGUCAUUCGUGCGCUCGAUCUGAUCACGGUGGUCGUGCCCCCCGCUUUGCCUGCCACGAUGUCUAUCGGUAUCUCGUUUGCCAUCAACCGUCUGCGCAAGGAGGGCAUCUUUUGUAUCUCGCCCAAUCGCGUCAUCAUCGGAGGAAAAGUGGAUGUGUUUUGCUUUGACAAGACGGGUACACUCACUGCCGAGGGUCUGGACGUGCUCGGCACGCGCACGAUCGAUCUCAAGGCGGGCCGGUUUAGCGAGCUGCACGAGACCGUCGACGAAAUGCCUGUUGGUGCGGGAAGCAAGAACGAUGCGGAUGCGCGCAAGAUGCCUCUUCUGUACGCGUUGGCCACCUGUCACUCGUUGAAGGUGGUCGACGGCGAGGUGAUCGGCGACCCGCUCGAUGUCAAGAUGUUCGAGUACACCGGCUGGACGCUCGACGAGGGCAAGGACCGAUCCGCCAAAGCGACGACAAAAACGGGAACCGCCAAGAACGGCAAGUCGAAGCUCACGGAGCGACCUCCCGCGCUGGUGCAGACCGUCGUGCGUCCUCCCGGUGGCCAAGCUUUCGAGGUGGAAGAUGCCAUCAAGUCUGGGCGCCACGCUCACUUUUUGGAGCUGGGCGUGCUGCGCACCUUCGAGUUUGUCUCUUCGCUCCGCCGCAUGUCGGUGAUCGUCAAGCGUCUCAAGUCGCAGUCGAUGGAGGUGUUUGUCAAGGGCGCGCCCGAGGUGAUGGCGGACAUCUGCGACAAGGAGACGUUCCCUGCGGACUACGACGAUCUGCUGUCGUAUUACACCAAACACGGCUACCGCGUCAUUGCAUGCGCGGGCAAGUCGAUGGCGGGCAUGAGCUGGAUCAAGGCGCAACGCAUGCGUCGAGAGCAGGCCGAGAGCGGAUUGCGGUUCCUGGGGCUGAUCAUCUUCGAGAACAAGCUCAAGGAAGGGAGUGCGCCCGCGAUCGAGGUGCUGAGGAACGCCAACAUCGUGACAAAGAUGGUGACGGGCGACAACCCACGUACUGCGAUCAGCGUGGCGAGGGAGUGCGGGAUGGUGGGGCAGUCGGCGCACGUGUUUAUGCCGACCUUUGUCGAGGGCGAUCAGCGGAGUCCGCGGGCGGUGGUGGACUGGUCGAGCGUCGACGACGACCGCAUCAAGCUGGAUGCGUACAACCUGCAGCCGCGCGAGGUGGAUCCACAUGUAUUGGACUUGGAGGAGUUUGACUUCCAGGACUACCAGCUGGCGUUGACGGGCGAUGUGUUUAGGUGGAUGAUCGACUUUGCACCGAUCGAGACGGUGAGGCGCAUGCUGAUCAAAGGGACCAUCUUUGCGCGCAUGUCGCCAGACGAGAAGCACGAGCUGGUCGAGAGGCUGCAGGCGCUCAACUACUGUGUCGGCUUCUGCGGCGAUGGUGCCAACGACUGCGGCGCGUUGAAGGCGGCGGAUAUCGGCAUCUCAUUGUCCGAGGCGGAGGCGUCGGUGGCUGCGCCGUUCACGUCGAACAGGGGCGACAUCUCGUGCGUGCUCGACACGAUUGCCGAGGGCAGGGCCGCGCUUGUGACGUCGUUCAACUGCUUCAGCUACAUCUGCUUGACGUCGCUGAUCCAGUUUAGCUCCGUGUUGCUCAUGUACUCGAUCGGCAGCUCGUUGUCGGAUGGACAGUUUAUGCUGGCCGAUUUCUCGGCGUUGCUGCUGAGUGUGUUUUCGGCCAGGACGGGUCCGCCGUAA